UCUAUGAUGACAAUUACAAGUAAUCUAUAGCUAAUUGGCUUAUAGCUGUUUGAAAUUCCAAAUAUUAUUUGCAAAAAAAAUACAGUUUAAUUAAAAAUAGUUCUUCCUAAAACAACAUUAUAAUGGCUUCAAGUGAAAGAUACAGUUUUUCUCUUACUACUUUCAGUCCUUCGGGAAAGUUGGUACAAAUUGAAUAUGCAUUAGCUGCUGUGGCUGCAGGAGCUCCUUCAGUUGGAAUUAAAGCAUCAAAUGGGGUAGUAAUAGCAACCGAAAACAAACACAAGUCCAUUCUAUAUGAAGAACAUAGUGUCAGUAAAGUUGAAAUGGUGACAAAUCAUAUUGGAAUGGUGUAUUCUGGAAUGGGUCCUGAUUACAGACUACUUAUUAAACAAGCUCGCAAAAUGGCUCAACAAUAUUAUUUAGUAUAUCAUGAACCCAUUCCUACUGCACAACUGGUACAACGUGUAGCUGCUGUUAUGCAAGAGUAUACCCAGUCUGGAGGGGUGAGACCUUUUGGAGUCUCAUUACUUAUCUGUGGAUGGGACAACAACAGGCCCUAUUUGUUUCAAUGUGAUCCUUCAGGAGCUUAUUUUGCCUGGAAGGCAACUGCUAUGGGAAAGAACUUUGUGAAUGGAAAAACCUUUUUGGAAAAAAGAUAUGGUGAAGAAUUGGAAUUGGAUGAUGCAGUUCACACAGCCAUUUUAACACUCAAAGAAAGUUUCGAAGGGCAGAUGACUGCUGACAAUAUAGAAGUUGGUAUCUGCGAUGCUAAUGGUUUUAGGCGUCUUGAUCCUUCCCAUGUUAAGGAUUACUUGGCAAAUAUUCCUUAAGUUAAUAUGUUUUUUAAUUAUUAUAAUUAAGGCAGUUAUAUCAAUAAAAAACAUUUUUAUAACAUAA